AUGAAGACCACGCAGAUUCAGAAGAUACUAUUUACAGCUGCAUGCUUUGCUGCAGGUAGAUGUUCCGCUAGCUACUUUGAUUUCAAAAGCAGCGAUGCUUAUCCCGACCCAAACAUGCUUUUGGAUGGAAGCUUCGAGCUCGAUAAUUUUGACACGCCUAUAGCUUUUGAAAACCCAAAAUCGGCAAAAUCUCUGAGCACUCUUUCUAAAAGUAUAGUCUUGCUAAAUCAAGAUGCCACAGACUGCAUGUACGAUUCAGUAAAUGAGUGCAUGGAGCUCCUAAAGAAAUACAUUUGUAAAUUUAAGAAGUCAUCCAGUAUUGAUUUCUCUUUCAAUGAGGCAUUCCCAGAGGAGAUUGAUCUUGCUUCACUUGCAGUCUACCUUAAUACUACGACUCUGUUUGCAGUAACAGAAGAGAGCAAAACAAGCCUUAUGAAUGCCAUACUUGAUUUUGACUACUACAAAAUAGAAAGUGAGCUCAGAAGCAUAUACAUUUCCCUUGUAAAUAGCGAGCAUUACAACAUGAAUUUUUUGGAGUGCAAUUUGGAAAACACAAAAAAAAUCAGACAUGCCACAAUCAUGCCUAUGUUCUACAUAUCCAAAAAUAGCUUAGGGAAAUGCGAAAGUAGUAAAAUUGAGUGUAUUGAAAAGGAGGAACAGGCCAUUAAGAAAGCUGCUAGUCUGAUGGGUGCAAGUGGAAAAAGCAAAAAAAAUAGCGAAGGCUCAAUGAAUGGAGUCUUCCAAAUUGCAGACCAUCUUGAAAUAUCCAAACCCGCAGACAAUGCUAAAACAACUCCUAGCUUCUACGGAUUUUUAAAGAACCUAUUCCAUAUAAAAAGGAAAAGAAACUUAGUGAAAAUGCAAAAGGAAGAACUAUACAAAACAUAUAAACCUGUAGGAAUUAUGGGCGGGCGCACAGUUGGAGUCAUUGUAAAGAAAGGAGAGUGCUCGUUCAAGAAGUGGCAGAACGAAGUUACUAAUAUGUCAACAGACUCAACCAUCCCCAGCCAGGUGAGCUCUGGGUGCCUCAAAAGAAUCCCUUGGGCAUAUCUUGAUGCAAGAAUCUUUGCAAACACAGACCUUAAGUUUGACCUGCAGGUAGUUUCUAAGAUAGUAUCUAGCUUGACAAAAGAUAAUUUCUUAAUAAUGGAAGACGAGUUAGCAUUCUUUGUGCUGCAGCUCAAUAAGUACUCACCAAUACUCAAGCUAUACUUGGAUUGCUUAAACAAUAUAAUUAAAAAAUAUGUAGGUGUAUUGGAGAAGAAGCACAAGAGUGCCACAUGGAUCAAAGCCCGGGUAUACAACAUAGUCAUUGAGUAUGUCAAGGGAGGCCUGUCGCUGCCUCUUAUCAAAUACAACUUGGAGCAAAUUAUAUGUGACAUGAUUAUGAAUCUUGAAAGAAGCAGAACACUUACUUCUAUGGAUGCACUCAAAAUUGUAUUACAAUUAGAGAAAGGCAACCCAAAGACUAUGAAAACUACUUCUUCAUGGGAUAUAUACAGGAAAAAGCCAUGUACUGUUCCUUUCUUACUGCAGCAUCUUAUCUAA